UGAGUCUAGAGUCUAGAAUGAAGAGUAUGCAUUUUAAAAUCGUAUUGUGAAAAUAUUUUCGCAAUUUUUACGCUUAAUCAUUCAUAUUUUAAAUUAAAUUCACAUAUCAUUGAAAAUGGAGUAAUAAUUAAUAUAAAUACAUUGAUUUUAUUUAACAUUCUGUUUUUAAUGUGGAUUAUUUUGACGGACAAUUAAGGUUAAGGUGUUACGGUGAAUAUAUAUAUAACCUAUCGGGCAUGCUAAAUAUUAAUUAGCAAUGGAAGAUGAACAAAAAAAGUGUCAAGAUGAGGAACCAAAUGAAUUUUAUUUCGAAUCUGAUCAUUUGGCAUUAAGGAAUAAAGAUUAUACUAGUCUUUUAAAAACAAUCGUAAUUCUUGAAGCUCAACGUGUUCAAGCUUUAGAAGAUUUGGAUAAACUUUUAUCAAUUCGUUCCAAAGCAUUGAAGGAUCCAAUAUCUUUUGUAGCACAGAUACAAAAUGGUGAACUGCCAGAACUACCAGGAUCACAAAAAAUUGCAGAAAUUCCUUAUAUUGAUUGGACUCAAUAUAAUAUAGCUGCACCUGAUAUGCGUAUGAGACCUCAAACAAGACAUGGACAUAUUUUGCCUCAUGUACAAACAAAGUCAGAACAAGAGAAUGGAAAAAUUUUAGUGAGAGGACGUGCUUUUGAUGAGAGUAAACCAGAGACUUUCAAUCAGUUAUGGACAGUAGAAGAACAAAGAAGAUUAGAAGAACUUUUAAUAGAAUAUCCACCAGAGGAUGUAGAAAUGAGAAGAUGGACCAAAAUAGCUAAUGCUUUAGGUAAUAGAACUCCAAAACAAGUAUCUAGUAGAGUCCAGAAAUAUUUCAUUAAACUUUUAAGAGCUGGAUUACCUAUACCUGGUCGAGGUCCUAAAAUGAAAUUGGAUGUUAAAAAAGGAAUGGGUCAUAGACAUCAACGUAAUAACUAUUCAUUAUUUAGGCGUUCUACAUUUUUUCCUCAUCAAGAUAUGUCUUUUACAAUGCCUGAUGAAAGCAAAGAACAAGCAAUUACAGAAGAAUCUGAAGAUGAUGCUGGAAAUAGUAUUAUUGAUGAUAAUCCAGAAUUGAGACAUAUAGAAUUAUUGAAACAAGUAAAAGCUGAGAAAGAACAAAAUUCAUCUUUUGUAUAUAAACACGUUGGAUAUAAAUGUUUAGUUUGUGGGGAAGAUCCCUUGACAGGUACGAGAUGGCAUUGUACAGAAUGCCAAGAUGGAAUUGAUUUAUGUGGUGAUUGUGCAGUAGCACAAUUAGAAGCUGAAAAACCAUUACAUGAUACAUUACAUAGAUUACUUCCUAUUAAGCCACCUCAGUAUACUAGAAGUUAUGAUUUGGAUUAUUUCCCACAAAGUUUUAGUAAUUCUUCUUACAAUUACUUAGAUCCUAAUUUUUUACCGGAAUAAUUAUUAAUAUCUUAUAAAAUUUGUAUGUAAUUAAAUUUUAUCAUAUUUGUAAAAAAAGAAUAUAAAAAUAAUUAUCAACUA